AAAUCUGCGCAUUGAGAACGUGCCAGCUUGUUUAUUUAUUUUUUGACUACACGAUGGUUCGUAGGUUACUUUUACCGCGAACGCUCUCCGUCGGAACUGUACAGCGGAUUGCGGCGGGAUAUCGCGUCACGAUGGAGAAUUUCGUCGCUCGAUGCGGCCAUUUACGUCGCUAGACGAGACGAGAAAUCUUAAACCGUAAAGAAAGAGAUGAAUAAACUGUCGAUCGUUGAACGAAGCGUGCGGUCGCAGCUGCGGCGCAUGAACACGAGUGGCGCGAGACUGAAACAAACUCCGACCGAGUAUUGUUUGCAGCUGGUUAGGAAGAACGAUUAUGAGAACUUUCUGUGCACACUGCUGCUUCCGCGCGAUAUUCGAUCGGCGGCGUUCGCUGUGCGGGCGUUUAACGUCGAAGUGGCCCAAGUGGAGGAUCAAGUGAACGACAAUACGAUCGGCGCCAUGCGACUGCAAUUUUGGACGGACGCCCUGAACGAGACUUACAACGACCAUCCGCCGAGGAGUCCCGUGGCGUUGGAGUUACACAGGAUCCUUCAGCGGCACAAGCUGUCCAAGCGCUACUUCAAACGCCUGAUCGACGCUCGCCUGAGCAAGCUGACCGACUCGAUAUUCGUGGACCUGGAAUCGCUCGAGAGGUACUGCGACUAUACCACGUCGUCGAUCUAUUAUUUGCUGCUGGAGGCACAGGGCACGGCGAGUGUCGACGCCGAUCACGCGGCCAGCCACUUGGGCAGAGCGCACGGUCUGGUCACCCUGAUACGCUCCGUGCCGUAUAACGCCCGGAAGCGAGUCAUGGUGUUGCCACAGGACGUUCUGCUGAAGAACAGCGUCUCGUCCGAGUCGAUCUUUCGGGGGCAAUCGAGCGCUGGAUUCAAAGACGCUAUACUCGAGGUUGCGUCUUGCGCCAAGCAGCAUCUGAAAUUGGCGACGACGCUCAAGAAAACGGCGGGGAAAGAUCUCAACGUAAUACUUCUACCGGCAGUUUGCGUGGAGAAUUAUUUGGAGGAGCUGAGGAAAGUAGACUUCGACGUUUUUCAUCCGACGCUGCAGAGAAGGAACGGCCUGCUUCCGUUGCAGUUACUGUGGAGAAAAAUCUGGCCUUAGGGUGACUUUGACCAAACUCUGGUUAACUUGAUUAGUGAUUGAUUGCACCGGUAGAAUUACCGCAAGAUUGUCAAUUGUAGUCCGUUGUCCUUAAUUUAGUCUUUCUUUCCAUUAGACAACAAAUAAGUUUAUUAUUCCAUCUGUGUUAAAAAUUAUAAGCGAAUUAACUCGGCCUUAAGAUAAUUUCGAUUCGACUUCAAUUAACUUGUCAAAUAUACUUGCAGUAUUGAAUUAGAGACAGCGAACUGUGUAGUUAGAAAGUUCGUUUUGAGCAAUUUUGCAGGUUGAAUUAAUCGUCAAUUAAAUUAACGGAAGUUUGAUUAAAGUCACCCUUAGUGAUUAAAGUUUGAAAUAUCGUUUAA